AUGUCGCUAAGUUAACUGUCAAACAAACAAGGAAUAAAUUAUGCAAGUAUCCUAUUUAAUAAUAAUUUCAAGAGAACUCAGACAUAAAAAAUCCCCAAAGGAUUAAUAGUCAUUUGGUUUAUAUAAAUACUUUAAUAAGGUUAAUUAAUAAAAAUAAGAAUCUUUUUAAUAAAGAAAAAAACCAAGUCUUGAAUCUAAGAAUCAAAGAGCAUAAUCAACUCUUGAAAAUAAUUAAAAUUCUUAUCGACACAUUAAAUUACUACAUGAAGGAGAUGAAUUGGAUGAAGACAAAUUGUUUGAUCAAUUUUUUAAACUAAAUAAUUCAAAAAGUGAUUUUAUGAAAGAAUCUAUUUAAAAGGAUACAAAUAAAAAAUAUUAAGAGGGAAAAGAAUUUCUAAAAUUUAUUGAAAAUGCAAUUGAAUAUCAUUAAUAAUCAGAAGUUCAAUUUUUUAGACCUUCUACAAAUAAAAAAUAUAUUCAUCUAGAAUAGAAAUUUAAAUAAGUUAAUUUAUCAAAUAGAUUAUUAGCAAAUUAAUUAAAUCAAUAAAAAUAAAAGGAAAUUGAUCUUAAACAUAGGAUGAAAUUGAUGCAUAAAGAGUUUUACAUUUAAUUUAAUAGAAUAAUACAAUAAAAUAAUUGGUUAUAAGAGUAAUUGGCUAAAUAAAAAAUAGAUAAUCAAAAUUCAUUAUUGGCUGUGAAAAAAGCAGUUGAAAUGCUUUAAAUUAAGUGUAAAUGUUAAAAAGGGAAUUAAUUAUUUGAUAAGAUUCUAAGAGAUGUAAAGAAUUAGGAAAAAAUACGCUAAUAGUAUGAUUGGGAAAAAGAAUCUUAAGAAAUUUAAUCAUCAUUAGAAUUAAAUAAUGAUACUCAUGAAGAUGAAUAAAUAAAUAAAUUAAAUUAUUAAUUAUACGAUAAAAAUAGAAGAAAAUCAAUUUCUAAAAUUUAACAGAAUUCAAUUCAAUCAACUUAAGAUUAAUAAUAGGAGUAUUUAGUUCAAAGUUACAUUCAGAGUACAAUGAAAAAUUAAAGAGAAUAUUCUAAAGAUAUAUUUUAAAGAAAAAGAUAAUUUUAAGAGAAUUAAAAUAUAGAGGAAGAAAAUACAAUUAAUAGUAAUUGA